AUGAGUUUAACAGGAGUUGUGUCGGAAACACCCAAUGUUUUACUGUCGCCCGAAAGACUUCUUAUGGAAGUACCACAAGGUCUACAUAACUCCAUGGCAAUUGCAUCGUUAAUUAUUUGGUACGUUUCAUCUGCUGCAACACUAUUCUCAAAUAAAUAUAUCCUAAGUACUUACAAUGGCGAUGCAUUUUCACUAGGAAUGAAUCAACUUCUUCUAUCCGUGAUAACAGGCUAUGUUCAAAUGCAAAUCAUGAAUAGAAUCUCGACGCAAAUCCAUAAGAAUCCAUCGACUGCCAAGGCAGUCUUUCAAGAUAUGUUUUUUAUCGGUGCAUUUCGUUGUGUUACAGUUAUCCUCGGCUUAAUCGCACUUAAACACAUUGCUGUUUCAUUUGUGGCAACUAUCAAAUCGUCUUCGCCUUUGUUCACUGUGAUUAUUAGUCGGAUAAUUUUAGGAGAAAAAACGGGCAUUUGGACAAAAUUCUCAAUGGUGCCAAUCACAGUUGGUCUUGGCCUGUGUAGUUCAUUUGAAUUGAGUUUCAAUAUAUUUGGCUUUCUGUGCGCCUUGGGAACAAAUAUUUUCGAAUGCUUACAAAACGUCUACUCAAAAGUGCUCAUAAGUGGCGAACGCUAUCGUUAUACAGCUGUUGAAUUACAGUUUUGGGCAAGUUUGGUCGCAUCUGUUUUUCAGAUACCUCUACUGUUUUACAAUGUUCCUGUUUUGUCAGCGAUACGUUCGACUUCUCUGACACUUUUUCUUUUAUACAUCUUUAAUGGGAUUUCAUAUCAUAUUCAAUCAGUUGCUGCUUAUUCUGUCAUGGCCUAUAUCUCGCCCAUAACACAUAGCGUGGCUAAUACGGUUAAGCGAGCAUUGUUAAUUUGGUUAUCAGUAUUGAUUUUUCACAAUCCAGUUACAUUUCUUAGCGGUUUUGGUACAUUAACAGUUAUCUUUGGGGUGAUAUUGUACAACGAAGCACGAGACAUCGAGAAGAAGGCGGGAAAUUCGUCUACUUCAGCUAAUAAUAACGGUCCAGUCAUAGCAUGGAGAGAUAUUUGA